AAUAUCGAAGAAAUUGUAUUCUUGUCUUGUGAGAGAAGAUAGAAAUGGAUUUGUUGAACAAACUGCCAGAAAAUUGCAUAGCGAAAGUGAUCUCCCUUACGAGUCCCGAAGAUGCCUGCAGGAUUUCUGUAAUGGGGUCCAUCUUCAGAUCGGCGGCCGAUUCCGACUCUGUUUGGGAGGCGUUUAUGCCGUCUGGUUACAGGGACAUAAUCGCUCGAGCAGCUGCUGCUCCUCCAACGUCCUUCUCCUCCACCAGGGACCUGUUUUUCCACCUUGCCGAUAAACCUCUUAUAAUCGACAACGGAACUAAGAGCUUUUCAUUGGAAAAACGAACUGGGCGGAAGUGUUACAUGUUGGCUAGUAGAGACCUCAGCAUUACAUGGAGUAAUUCCCCCAUGUACUGGAGAUUUAGAUCUCUACCCGAAUCCAGAUUCCCUGAGGUGGCAGAGCUGAUCGACGUCUGUUGGCUUGAAAUUAAUGGAAAGCUAAGUACGGAGGUUCUGUCUCGAAACACUUUGUAUGGGGUUUACCUGGUAUUCAAUCUGACAUCUGAAGCAUAUGGUAUGGAUUUUGAUGAAUCGGUGGAAGUUUCAUGUGGGAUAAUGGGAGGAGCUGCUGCAUCCGAAACUCAAACUGUUAUUCUCGACCGUAGGAGAAGGAGAAGUAGCAGCAGCAGCGGAGUAGGGAAUGAGCCAAAGGUGAGAAAAGAUGGGUGGUUGGAGAUAAAGAUGGGAGAGUAUUUCAGUCUGGAUGGAGAAGACGAUGACGGUGAUCUCGUAAUGAGUUUGAAGGAGGUGAAAAGACUCUACUGGAAGAGCGGCCUUAUUGUGGAGGGCAUUGAGGUCCGUCCAGAAUGAAUAGAUCAGCAGCCACAUCAGUGCUACUAAUUUUAUUUUGAUUUGGAAGAUUUGGUGAAGUUGUGUCAAAUAAUUACAAGUAGAACAAAAACACAACCAUUCAUUAUACUCGUUCAAUUAAUU